AUGGCGCUCGAUAGUCGUCAACUCCGCGAUGAAGCGGUCCGUGACAGAAUCAGACUCGCGACCGAGUUUCUCGAUCCCACAAACCCACGGGCCCGGUCGUAUCGCGGUGACAUCGUUUUGAUGCUCAACCGUGGAUUGAGGCGACUCGUGGUCAGUAUUGACGACAUUCGAUCUCAUUCCCGAGAGCUCGCGGACGGCAUUCUCUAUCAGCCAUUUGACUAUUCCCUCGCCUUCGACGCGGCCUUGAAGACAAUCAUCAGCACAAUCCCGAACCGGGCGGCCUUCGAGCAGGAUGAAGAGACGUUAUACUACGUUGCAUACUCUGGGUCGUUCGGAGAGAAUUCAUGCAACCCGAGAACGCUUGGAAGCUCACUGUUGAAUCGUAUGGUCUGUCUCGAAGGCAUUGUCACCAAAUGCAGUCUCGUCCGACCCAAGAUCGUGAAGAGCGUGCAUUGGAAUGAGAAGAAGGGAACAUUCAUGUUUCGAGAAUACAGAGACCAAACGAUGACUGCCAAUGGCCCGGCCAGUUCAAGCGUGUAUCCCCAAGAAGAUGGCUUCGGUAAUCCCUUGAUCACAGAAUACGGUCACUGCACGUACAGAGAUCACCAGACGAUCAGUAUACAAGAAAUGCCCGAACGAGCUCCUGCAGGCCAACUGCCUCGUGGCGUUGAUGUGAUCUUGGACGACGACAUGGUCGACCGGGUGAAGCCCGGCGAUCGAAUCCAACUCGUGGGGAUCUUCAGGUCGUUGGGAAACCGGAAUGCAGGGUCUGGAUCGGCAAUCUUCAGGACACUCAUUCUGGCUAACAACAUUGUCUUGCUGUCUUCGAAAUCUGGUGGUGGCAUCGCACAGGCUACUAUCACCGAUCAGGAUGUUCGAAACAUCAACAAGAUGUCCAAAAAGAGCAAUGUUUUCGAGCUACUUGCACAGUCGCUAGCUCCCAGCAUUUUCGGCCACGAUCAUAUCAAGCAGGCCAUCUUGCUUAUGCUCCUAGGUGGUAUGGAGAAGAACUUACCGAAUGGCACUCAUCUUAGAGGUGAUAUCAACGUCCUCAUGGUGGGAGAUCCGUCCACCGCAAAAUCGCAGCUUCUGCGUUUUGUCCUCAACACCGCGCCUUUGGCUAUUGCAACCACUGGUCGAGGCUCUUCCGGUGUUGGUCUUACCGCUGCAGUAACUUCUGAUAAAGAAACCGGAGAACGGAGACUUGAGGCUGGUGCAAUGGUUCUAGGGGAUCGAGGCGUUGUGUGUAUCGACGAAUUUGACAAAAUGAGUGAUAUUGAUCGAGUCGCCAUCCACGAAGUCAUGGAACAGCAGACAGUCACCAUUGCCAAAGCUGGAAUUCAUACGACUCUUAAUGCACGCUGCAGUGUGAUUGCGGCCGCAAAUCCCAUCUUCGGUCAAUACGACAGCAACAAAGAUCCGCAUAAGAACAUUGCACUGCCAGAUUCUCUACUUUCACGUUUCGAUUUACUCUUCGUGGUGACAGACGACAUUAACGAUGAAAGGGAUCGUGAGAUCUCAGAGCACGUUCUCAGAAUGCAUCAGUACAGGCAACCAGGCACAGAAGAAGGCGCUCCCCUCCGGGAACAAUCAAAUCAGAUGCUCGGUAUUGGUAUCCAAGAGGAUCAAAAUGCCCCCCAAACAACGACAGAAGUGUUUGAGAGAUUCAGCGUCGUCCUCCACUCGGGUAUGACGAUCACGAGUGGUCGUGGUAGGAAUAAACAAAUCACUCCUGUCAGCAUGCCAUUCAUCAAGAAAUACAUCCAGUAUGCGAAGAGCAGAUGCAAACCUGUCUUGACCCAAAAAGCUAGUGACUAUGUGGUUACUGCGUACUCGAAUUUGAGAAACGAUGAGAUUGAAGGAAAUCAGAGAAGAACAAGUCCGAUGACUGCCAGAACUUUGGAGACUCUCAUUCGUCUUUCAACUGCCCAUGCAAAGGCAAGACUGUCAAGCCGUGUCGAAGAGAGCGACGCCAUUGCUGCAGAAAGGAUCCUGAAAUUCGCUCUGUUCAGAGAACUUGCUAUGAAGGAGGAUGGCCGGAAGAAGAGACGUAAGACUCAGGAUGCCAACGUCGAGAGCUCAUCGGAAGACGACUCGGAAAGCGAUGAUGAUGGUAGCGACGAUGAUACUCCGUACCGUGGAACUAAAGCAAAUGGUAGGAGAUCAGCCAAGCCUCAAACUAGAAGCCAAAGACCGACCCGUACCAACGGCGCGGGUUCUUCUCGUCCGAAUAACGCCGCCGCCGCUGAUGACGACGACGGGGGAGUUGAUUCAGACAAUGCACCUAGCGCAUCCCAACGCCGGACCGGCGCCGAGUCUCAGCUCUCACGCAUGUCGCUCGCCAGCUCGAUCCCCAGCUCACAACUCCCACCCACCCAGACAGACUCGCAAUCGCAAUCGCGCAGAACCCAAACUCAGACAGACGCAGAAAUCCCACAAUCGCCCGAGUCGUCGCCCGAACCCGAGGCGAGAAUCGCGCCACCUCGUCUGAAGACGUUCCGCGAGACACUAGGCGCCCUCACCCACACGUCUCUGUUCCAAAACGACAUGGCCACAGUUGCGGACAUCACCAUCGCAGUCAACCAUCGUCUAAGCGAGCGGAACAGCAGCGCCCAGGAGUUCUCAGGCCCGGAAACUACCGCUGCGCUCAAGGCCAUGGGCGAGGCGAAUCAGAUCAUGUUCUUGGAGGACAGUGGCGAGGUCUAUACUCUUUAG